CUCUUUUUUUCCACCACAUUAUGUGAGUUCUUUCAUUUCCAAUCACUUAUAUAUAGUCCAUUCAUAUAUAUAUAUAGGACACCACAGGUUUACCUUCUUCUGAUCAUUUCCACAAGGCAAUCAUGGCUAAAUCUUGUGUUUGGGUGAUAUGUUUGUUCUCUCUCCUCCUUGGUCAUGGUGUUCUUGAGCUUGAAGCUUCCCAGCAUGAAUACAGAAACCCUCAAUCUAUGCAAUCUCAGUCAUCAAAACGUCAGCCUUACAGAACUGCAUAUCACUUCCAACCUCCCCAGAAUUGGAUGAAUGUGUUCAAGCCUCUAAUAAUUUUGCUUUCUUCUUCAUGUUCCUCUGAUUUGGCUUCUUAUGCUGGUUAA